UUUGGAAUCGGCAUCAAAACAUUUUUUUUUUAAUUUUGUGCUUGCGUGGAAAAAAGCGUUUUUGGAACUCGUGUAAAAAUGAACUCGUAAAAUUGUUGCGUGAUCCGUUCUAGGAUAUCCGCUUGUGCCUGUGGCCAAAACCGGCAAGGAUCUAGUGCGAGGGAAAGUUGUGUGCCGCCGAGAAAACCGCGACACCUCCGCUAUCUCCGCAGAUUCGUCGUCGGUCUCUGGAAAGAGCACCUCGAGGGAUUCUCGAAGAUUUCCCCGAAACGCUGCUAAAAUCGCUUUCAAACCUGUAACCAUCAACCGCAGUAGAGAGAUCGGACCAGUUUCCCGCUUGCAUUUCAUCCAGUAGACACGAUGGGGGUUAUAAUUUCAAGAUUUCGGAAAGAGAAAACGACUUUGCAGAUACUCGAAGGAUUGGAGGAGAAGAUAAAAGACUUGGAGGCGUACACGAUCAGCACGCAGGCACGGCGGAAACGCUUCGUGGGCCGAUUCUUGGUCACAUCGAUCGUGCUCUAUGUUAUCGCAUCGCUCGUGUUUUACUUCGCCUUCUUCCCGCCAACAUGGAACGAACGAAUCGUACACUCGGUUCCACUCCUUAUCUGUCCGAUCAUAAUUUUCAUUGUGAAGCGAGUCCUGGCAUGGCAUUACGAGCGCAAGGUGCGCCUGAACUCGAAUAAACUAAAAGAUCUGCGCGCAGAAAAGAAGAAAAUACUCGAAAAGGUUAUGGAAAAGGAAACGUACAAGGUGGCGGUCGAGAUUCUGGACAAGUUCGGUGAAAAGUCACACCGGCUGCAGACGCAGGCCUUCAAUGCAUCGUUGAACGCGCUGCGCACUCCGGCACCGAAACCAAUGCCCGUGGGAGUGCCAUCGCCGCGUCCACCGUCACCCGCUAGUGCGAUGCAAAGACAGCUCUCUCCACCGACAACCGGCAGGCCGAUGGGUACGCCAGCCACUCCGCAGAUGAUCCGUCCAGUCAAUCCUAUGCAAACGCCACGGACUGCACCGGGCAAUUUUAUGCAACGGCCUUCGGUACAACAACCGUUCCCAGCGAGACAGCCCGGAGUCUACCGUCGGACACCGUUCCCAAUCAUCAAUCACAACGAGAAGAGCGUCGUGGAGAAGAUGGUUGACUAUCUAGUAGGCGAUGGGCCCACUAACCGGUUCGCGAUGAUUUGUAACGAAUGCUUCAUGCAUAACGGUAUGGCACUGAAGGAAGAGUACGAAUUCACGGCUUUCCGGUGUGCCUUCUGUGGCUUGUUCAAUCCUGCGAAAAAGCAACGCCCAUUGGCACCUCGACUCUCCUCGGAACAGUACGAGCUUGACAAGCUUCAGCAGAAGUCCGCCUCAAGCGACGGUUCCGAAGGUGAAGAGGAGGAUGCUUCUUCGGACUCCUCACAAUCAGGCGAAUCUCGCCGUAGUCCGGGCGUCGGAGAGGAAGGCCCCGUGGAGUCUGAGUUGAAGCUUCAAAACGGUGAAGCUCGACAACUGCAGACGGGAUCACCAUCGGUCGAAGUGGGCGAUGAUAGUGAGCAGCAGGCGAUCGAUCAACCGGGAAGUGAUAGUGACAGUGCCGCUAAGCCUCAGGCACCAAGUGAAAAUGCGCCAGAAUCGGCAGUGCCAACCAGACCAGAGACCGUGGGCUCGAAAAAAGUUGACUGAAUUUUCUAUUUAUACGCUCUCAUGUAAAACUCGUCAGAUGGUCUCUUCGGAAGAUAAGUUGUGUAAAGGAUUUCGUCACUCAUCAUCAAAUGACAUGGUUCUUCGGUUGAAAAGGGGAAAAGAUUAGAUGGAUAGCACUCGCGACUUCCGCUGGGCACGCAUGGGCCAUAUAGGCCAGUUCACUCCAACCGCUUUCAUAGACAGACACUGUUGAUUGCAUUUAGGCGAUGCUUUAGCUAGUCAGAGUAGGGAUCAUCAAGGCUCAUUGUAAAUCCCUUCUGGCUGAUAGGCCAGGUGGGCGUGCGCUAAUGGUUGCGCCGAGACUCGGAAUCAAUUGAACUCAAACCUUUUGCCAACUUUAACGUGCCUGAUAGAGAAAAUGGUGAAAAUCAAGAAAGGAUAGCAUUCGAGUUUUCUGCAUCCGUUUAACUACUUUUUAAAUCGAAUGAAACUUUUUGUACGAGUAGAACGUGUCGUGGUAGCCGAAAAGCAGUCGGAGAGUGUAAAGAAAGGCGCGAAAAGACUCGUUUGUUGAUGGUUCUUAGCUCUUGUUGUAAUUAUAGCAGUACUUAUUGUAAGAGAACGCAAUAAAAGAAAUUUUCACAGUAUACUGUCUUUUUUGUA